UAUUUUCACUAUCUACACAAACUUAAAAAUAUUAAAGCAAGAUUUAGUAUGAAAAUUUUACAAAUAAAUAAAGAUCUAAAUAGAGUUCAAACCCCCUCCACCGCUUUAUGUUCUCUCUUUCUAUAACACCAACAACUAACAACCAACUUUGUCACCUCUCUCGUUCUCCCUGCUUAGAUAACACUCUCUCGCGAGUCGCGAUGCUCUUAGCUCUCUCUUAUUUCCAUCGAUGGAUGCAGAAACGGUAGAUCUACUCAAUCUCUAUCCAACAGGACAAGACCCACUUUCCCUUAUUCCUCCAUCUCUUUCAAUUUCCCUGCACGUGCGAAUCUAUUCGCAAAUUGCACACUAACCUUUUCCCUUUCCCUUUUCCUUUUGCUUUUCGUAUUUGUAGAGUUGGGGUUGUAGAUAAUGGGAGGGGCAGGAAUUUGAGGGGAAGCGAAAACAAAAUCAGAUUUUGAUUAGUGUGGGGUUCGAGAAAGUGGCGAAAAUGAACUUGGGUGCAGCCGAGGAAGAAGAAUCGGCUGCACAAGUUCGUGUUCCUGCGGAAAUCGAUUGGCACAAACUCGAUAAAUCCAAGUUUUUCUGCCUCGGUGCAGCCCUUUUCUCUGGGGUUUCCGCGACCCUUUACCCUGUUGUUGUGUUGAAAACGCGUCAACAAGUUUUUCCGUCUCAAAUUUCUUGCAUCAAAACCGCGUUUUCAUUGAUUAGACUUGAGGGUUUAAGGGCACUGUAUAGAGGGUUUGGUACUUCUUUGAUGGGUACAAUCCCUGCUAGGGCUUUGUACAUGGCUGCACUUGAGAUCACCAAGAGUAGCGUAGGCACUGCUACCCUUAAGUUUGGGGUAGCUGAACCUACUGCUGCCACUGUUGCCAAUGGUGCUGCUGGGUUAAGUGCAGCCAUGGCAGCUCAGCUUGUGUGGACCCCAGUUGAUGUUGUGAGUCAGAGGUUGAUGGUUCAAGGUGUCUCUAAUUCUUCUAAGUCAUCAAAUCAAUAUAUGAAUGGGAUUGAUGCCUUUAGGAAAAUUCUUAAGAAAGAUGGUGCUAAGGGGUUGUAUAGGGGUUUUGGGAUAUCAAUUUUGACCUAUGCACCUUCCAAUGCUGUUUGGUGGGCUUCAUAUUCUGUGGCACAGAGAAUGGUUUGGGGUGGGGUUGGGUGGUGCUUGUGCAAGAAAGGUUGUGGUGGUGAGGGUGAAUUGAGGCCAGAUUCUAAGACAGUGAUGGCUGUUCAGGGAGUGAGUGCAGCAAUGGCUGGUGGCAUGUCUGCUUUGAUUACUAUGCCAUUGGAUACCAUCAAGACAAGGCUGCAGGUGUUGGAUGGGGAUGAGAACGGGCGUCGUGGACCUACAGUUAUGCAGACAGUGAGGAAGUUGGUUAGGGAGGGUGGUUGGAUGGCUUGUUAUAGAGGGUUGGGACCUAGAUGGGCUUCAAUGUCAAUGUCUGCGACAACUAUGAUCACUACAUAUGAGUUCCUUAAACGACUUUCCAUGAAAAAUCAAGAGGUUUUGACUUGAUGAAGGAUAGAAUUUAAUAACAACAAAAAACAGAGAAAGGAGAAGGGGUUUUCUCCUUUCUUUUGUAUAAAUCAUGUCCUUACUUUCUUUCCAAUUGUCCCUUUUUUUUUCUGGCUUCUUUCACUUUUCCUGAAUGGGAUGACUGCUUGAUCAAUGUAAAGCUAUUGUAACUUGUAAGUCACCUUAUGUGUAUAUUUUGAAAAUAAAUAAAAAUUCAUUCUAACACAGUUAUAUU